AUGUUUCUCCUUCUCCUGCCCUUUCUAUGUCCUCUCCCCUCUCCUCUCCCCCUCACACCUCUCCCUCUCUCCUCACUCCUCUCCCCCUCACACCUCUCCCUCUCUCCUCACUCCUCUCCCCCUCACACCUCUCCCUCUCUCCUCAUUCCUCUCCCCUCUCUUCCCCCCCUCACACCUCUCUCCUCUCCCCUCACACCUCCCUCUCCUCUCCUCCUCACACCUCCCUCUCUCCUCUCCCCUCACACCUCCCUCUCUCCCCUCUCCUCCCCCCCUCACACCUCCCUCUCUCCCCUCUCCUCCCCCCCUCACACCUCCCUCUCUCCCCUCUCCUCCCCCCCUUACACCUCCCUCUCUCCCCUCUCCUCCCCCCCUUACACCUCACUCUCUCCCCUCUCCUCCCCCCCUCACACCUCCCUCUCCUCCCCCCCUUACACCUCCCUCUCUCCCCUCUCCACCCCCCCUCACACCUCCCUCUCUCCCCUCUCCUCCCCCCCUCACACCUCCCUCUCCUCUCUGCUCUCUCCCCUCUCCACCCCCCUCACACCCCUCUCUCCCCUCUCCUCCCCCCCUCACACCUCCCUCUCCUCUCUGCUCUCUCCCCUCUCCUCCCCCCUCACACCUCCCUCUCUCCCCUCUCCUCCCCCCCUUACACCUCACUCUCUCCCCUCUCCUCCCCCCCUUACACCUCACUCUCUCCCCUCUCCUCCCCCCCUCACACCUCCCUCUCCUCUCUGCUCUCUCCCCUCUCCUCCCCCCCUCACACCUCCCUCUCCUCCCCCCCUUACACCUCCCUCUCUCCCCUCUCCUCCCCCCCUCACACCUCCCUCUCUCCCCUCUCCUCCCCCACUUACACCUCCCUCUCUCCCCUCUCCUCCCCCCCUUACACCUCACUCUCCCCUCUCCUCCCCCCCUCACACCUCCCUCUCCUCCCCCCCUCACACCUCCCUCUCUCCCCUCUCCUCCCCCCCUUACACCUCCCUCUCUCCCCUCUCCUCCCCCCCUUACACCUCACUCUCUCCCCUCUCCUCCCCCCCUCACACCUCCCUCUCCUCCCCCCCUCACACCUCCCUCUCUCCCCUCUCCUCCCCCCCUCACACCUCCCUCUCUCCCGUUGUGGUGCUGUAUCCGUGUAGGUUAAGAUAG